AAACGUUUGAACAGUUUAGUUUCAGAACUGCCCUUUACUCCAGACGGCUCCAAACAGGUGAACGAAGCAGAGAAGCGCAUGAUUCUUUCCAUCAUGGGAAUAAAAGAUAGAACUUUCUCUCUCUGUGCAGAGAUUAUGAUCCUGGCCCUUCUAGGUUCAACAGUUGAGUCUGGUGCCCUGUAUUGUGCUAAUUCAUCCCCCUCUCCCAGCACUCCAGUUUCUGUCCAUUCUCUGAGGCCAGCUGAUGUGUCUGUGGUAUCUGCGCUGGUUUUGUCUGAUGUGGAGAGAUCUGAUGAAAUCAGAGCCAUGAACAUGCUAUCUGAAAUAUUGUUCACCUUUAACCCUGAUGUAUCAACUGUUCUACCUGACCAAAGGAGUUUAAUGGAUAAAGCAGAGGACAUUAUGGAGUCUCUCAGCCCCACUCAGUGGAAGUUGCUCCUUCUCUUUAUACCAGUUGAUGAGAUCUCUGUGUGUACAGCCCAGGACUUUAGUGCAGCCAUUGAUGCAACAGUGAAUAGAGUGGAGCAGACACUGGACUCUCUACAUAAGAAGUUGAAACAUACACUGGUUCAUGUUGUUGUUUGGAGUGGACUGUUAAGUGAAUCACAUGACCGAGUGUGUAAUUUCCACUGUGAGGAAGGAUAUGAUGAAAACAGACGCAGGCUGGAUACAAUAGUCCUUAUGGCUUCAUUGCAGGAAUCUGUCAGUGCUCUUCUAGAGAGAAGAGGCUGGUUCAGCGAUCGGGAGGAUUUCAGCGUAAUGCUUCAAUCCAGUCCAGGGUACUUCGAUCUGUCAGACCUAAAGAAAGCCUCUACGUCUGACUCCUCACAUUACAUAAGCAUGUUGGUUUUACAACUCUGGACUAAUUUGCUGCAGCCAAUGACAGACAAGACUGAGAUAGAUGGGCAGGGCAUAGUCACCAUUCCGUGCCCUACUGAGGAAAAGCCGUUUUUGCGAACACAGCAAAACUCAAACUCGGCAGAGCACAGUAUCUCACAAACAGCGGAUACCUCCCCACUUCUCGACCCGGUGAUGGGGAGUGAGCUCAUCUGUGAGGACAGGUCUCCAUCUCCCAGCAUCCCUACCUCAGUCCAUGCCCUACGGCCAGCAGACAUCAAAGUAGUGGCAGCGAUUGGUGAUUCUUUGACGGCAGGUAAUGGGGUGGGUGCUGCACAAAACAACCUCCUGGGUGUGCUCACCGAGUAUCGUGGCCUGUCAUGGUGUGUCGGUGGAGAUGAGAACUUAACAACUAUAACCACCUUACCAAAUAUAUUGAGAGAGUUUAACCCUUUACUGACUGGCUAUGCCACGGGAAAAGGAGAUGAAAAUUCUGCACAGAGUUUUCUGAACCAAGCAGUACCAGGAGCCAAAGCUGAUGAUAUGGUCAGUCAAGCUCGUGCUGUCAUUAACAGAAUGAAAGAAGACUCGCGAAUUGAUUUCCAGAAUGAUUGGAAGAUUAUCACGGUCUUCAUUGGAGGAAAUGACUUAUGUGCCCACUGCUCUGAUAGUCAAUACCAUUCUCCUGAUAACAUUGUGAAGUAUAUUCGUGAGGCUCUGGACAUAUUACAUAAUGAGGUCCCUCGUGCCCUGGUGAAUCUAGUGGAGCUCCUGGAUAUAGUUCCACUGCGCCGCCUCCAUCAGGUCACCAGUUUAGGCUGCCCUACCUGGCUGGUCAAUAUGAUGUGCAGCUGUGUUCUGAAACCUAAAGAUGAAUCUUAUGAAUUCCGCAUGCUGCAGGAGUUUAACCAAGCCUAUCAGCGUGGCAUGAGGGAGCUGGUGGAGUCUGGACGAUAUGACACACAUGAUAACUUCACCGUUGUCCUACAGCCAUUCUUCAGAAAUGUGUUUCUCCCCUUGCUGGAGGAUGGGACACCUGACCGUUCCUAUUUCUCUCCAGACUGUUUUCAUCUCAGUCAGAAAGCUCACACGCUCAUGGCUCGGGCUCUCUGGAACAACAUGAUGGAGCCUUUAGGUAAUAAGACAGAUAAAGAAGAUUUUACUGCAGGUGUCCCUCUUAAAUGCCCAGAAAAGUCCUCUCCCUAUUUGAAGACCUAUCAUAACAGCAAUUACACAUACGAAACCCCUCUUCCUACUCCUUCACCCACAACAAAUUGGGGAAGUGAUUUCUCAUGUGUAGAUACAACACCCUCUGACACUGCACCAACAUCUGUUCACAGACUGCGUCCAGGUGACAUUAAAGUGGUGGCGUCUCUGGGAGAUUCAAUCACUGCUGGCUUUGGUGCAAAAGCUGAAAACAUUCUGCAGUUGGCAGAUGAGGAGCGAGGGGUUUCCUGGAGCAUUGGUGGGGAUGAUACUUUGGAAACUGUCACCACAUUGCCAAACAUACUUAAGAAGUUCAAUCCAAGUGUCUUCGGCUUCUCAAAGGGAAAAAGUAAAAGGCCAAAUGGCUUCAAUAUGGCAGUGAGCGGUGCCAAAGCCAGUGAUAUACCAGCACAAGUGAGGGAUCUGAUCACAGCUUUAAAGGAUAGUACGGAAGUGGACUUUGAGAAGGAUUGGAAGCUGGUGACACUGUUUAUUGGGGGAAAUGACCUUUGCCAGUACUGUCAUGACCGGGCUUCUCUAUCCUCUUCUAUGUACAUUGGUCACAUCAGAGACAGUCUGGACAUACUGUACAAUGAGGUUCCCAGAGUGCUGGUAAAUUUUGUGGAAAUCUUAGAGCUCAACGAUCUGCGUUUAAUAAAGCGGGACACACUGGGCUGCAGCCUCCUGCAAAAGAACUUGUGUCCAUGUUUUCUGAAUCCCCGUGAGUACUCUCCAGAAAUGAAUGAAAUGAAGAAGGUCAACAGAGAUCUGCAGAUGGAGACUGAAAGAUUGGUAUAUGGGGGACGGUAUGACGGAAGACAGGACUUUGCGGUGGUGCUACAGCCCUUCUUCAAGAACUCUGUUGUUCCAAUGAUCGAGGAUGGCACACCCGACCUGACUUUCUUCUCUGUGGACUGUUUUCAUUUCUCUGACCGUGGACAUGCAGAGAUGGCUAUUGCGCUCUGGAACAACAUGCUGGAGCCUGUGGGGAAUAAACAAAACUACAAUAAUUUCACAUAUGACCGCAGUAAGAUUAACUGUCCCACAAAGGAACAUCCCUUCAUUUUUACACGAAUAAACAGUGGCUCUGACGUCCCUACAACUUCCGUACCCACCACAGUUGCACCGGGCACCCCUCUCCCUGCAGAUUGCCCCAACGAUUCUGUGCCAGCCUGGGCAGCUGCUCUUCUGGCUGUAGGAGGCUUGAUAAUUGGUUGGGUUGUAACCUGGAUGAUCUUCUACUACAGAGAACGAAGGAACAGAAAGAGAAAAGAACAUAGCAAGGAAAUGAGCGGAACGAAGUUCUAAUAACAUUUUUUUUUAAUUACAUAUAUAAAGUUAAUUAGUUUACUACAGGCUAAACCCACCCCUAAGCAUUCCCCUAAAAGAUUUUUUAAAUUAAAAGCAUUUAUAUUUCAUAAUUACAUUGUUCUGGCAUGAAACUCUAGAUGGCGAAGGCUGAUAGGUCUAACUCAUUUUGGUAGCAAUCACGUCAUUAUCUACAUGGCACAGCUGAUUGAUUGUGUUGCAUCAGCGGCCAAAGAGCUGCGGCUCAACAUUCAAACAAAUACCAGAGGUGUUUGCUGUUAGCAGUCUGUAGCGUGCUUUCAGAAACUCUCUACCUUCCCCAGCUCCACCUGUAUAGAUCUGCUAUGGGCGUUGAUUCAUGUAUGUUAAAUGUGCAACAGCAGCAUGUCUUACAUGCUCACAGCAACGUCUGUGAAUGUAUUGGCAGUAGCAAGUCUCGGUACUUGCUCUAAAGCAGCGUAGCAGAUCUAUUCUGCCAAGACCAAAUACAUUAACAUUGUCAUAUCCAUGCCAAUCCCUAUUACCAUACCAAUUUCCCAAGAGUGGUCAUGACAGAAAUAUAUUUUAUUUAUGAAGUUUUUCCAAUUGAGAACAUUUUUUUUUUUUUUUUACCUCAAACACUCACAAAUUCACAUACGUUUGUUUUUUGAAACUGUUCAAUAAAUUAAUUUAUUGCUGUAAAUUAUUUAUACAACAAACAAUUAUAAUACUUAAAUAGACAAAAGUACAUACAUUAUAUUUGUAUUUUAAUAAAUGAUGUAUAAUAAAAAUGUGUUUAAUAUUAUUUUAUUAUUUGAUUGUUGUUUGAUUGUGUUAUAUUAUACAUUGUUAACAGGAUUUUGUUUUUGACCCUGCUUAAGUGUGCCUAUGAGCAAUAAAUAAAAAACAAGCCCGUAACUGACUUGUUUAACAGUA